AUGCUUCAAUUACUAAACAUUCUUAUAAUAUUAUCAUUGAUCAAUGCUUCGCUAACAAGUGGUAAAAUUGUUGGAGAUUCUGAUGUUGAAUCUACAAUAAUUGGUUGCCAGUUCACAGUAAAAGAUUACGCUUUUGGCUGUGUUCCGGAAGAUAUCAGCAAAAGUUUUUGGGAAUGCUCAUGUAUCUAUGAACCUAUUAUCACAUCAAUAAUUGACUGCUUUCAAGAUUUUGUUCUGGAAACAAGAUUAAAUGAAGCAAUCGAGGAAUUCAGCAAAUACUGUCUGGAUACCUUAGAGGAUAGGUUUGAGUUGUCCAGGGUUGAUCUAUGGGAUAUAUAUUACAAUGGCUCAAACUAUAUUAUUGAUCCGGUGGAUAAAGAUGAUCCAUUGAAUGAUAGUACUGUGCCAUCAAACAAAACUUUCUAUGUGCCAAUAAAACUAGAUCAAGCUCGGGUGAAAAUGUAUUACAAUGAUAUGCGAAUAUUUAACUAUAACCUUAGUACCAGUACUCUCAGCGGGAAAGUGAUUUGCUAUUACUGGUCAAUAAUAUUCUUGGGGUUCUUCUUUUACAAUAGUUUUGUACACAAUAAUUCGUUGUCAUUAUUAAACAAGAAUCGCAAAUUCAACAAGACCAUAAUCAAUAAAGUCAAAAAGUAUAUCACGAUACCAAACACCAUUCCAAACAGACAUCAUUUUCCUUGUCUGUUCCCAAUCUUGGAGGCCACAAAAAUUUUUUCAUCUGCUUUAAUUCCAUCAAGGCUUGAAACAAUAAUUGUAACAUUAUACAUUAUCCUCAACAUUUAUUUACUAGUGUUUGGUUACCAAGUAAAUCCAAAAAGCUCUUUUUUCCCAACUGUACCAGAUCAAGUCGCUCGUUAUUUGGCAGACAGAUCUGGUAUCAUUGCUUUAGAUAAUGUUCCGAUACUAAUCUUGUUGGCAGGAAGAAAUAGCAUCUUGACAUGGUUCACGGGCCUUCCAUAUAGUUCAUUGAUUGUUUACCACAAAUGGAUUUCGAGAGGCAUGGUUUUCAAUGCACUAAUUCACAGCUUUUUGUAUUUGGUAAUUUCUUGCGAAAAUGGGACCCUUGGCUCAAGUAUGAGAGAAAGUUAUUUCAUAUGGGGAGUCAUUGCUACGUUGUUUGGUGUGGCUAUUAUUUUACAAGCUGUUCAUUUCCUAAGAAGUAGAUGGUAUGAAACAUUUCUAAUUAUUCAUAUCAUUUUUGCGAGUAUUUUUUUGAUUGGUAUGAUUAAUCAUUGCUUGGAAGUCGGAUGGAUUGGUUAUACCGUGGCUUCAAUUUCAUUAUGGGCUCUUGAUAGACUAAUAAGGCUAAUUAGAAUUUUGAAAUUCGGCAUACAGAAAGCCACUAUUAAAUUGGUGGGAGAUACCACUCUACAAUUAUCGGUUCCGAAAAGUUGCUUGAAACCUUAUCCUGGAUGUUAUGUGUUUGUAUAUUUCUGGCUUCCAACCACUUUUUGGCAAUCACAUCCUUUCUGUGUAAUUGAAUCAGUUACUGAUGAUAAUGAAGUGUCAAUUUUCAUACAGGUGAAAGAAGGGAUCACAAAAAAGCUUUAUAACUAUGUUCAAAACUGUCCUAAUCAAGCCGCUAAAGUUAAUGUUUCCCUUGAAGGACCUUAUGGUGUUUACUAUAAUUUGGAGAAAUAUAAAACUAUUCUCUUUUUUGCAGGAGGUACAGGUAUACCAGGUCCUUUCUAUCAUUUGGAAAAUAUCAUUAGGGGAACUAGAAAGAACAAUAAACCAUCGCAAGACGGAGAAGGAGAAGGGCAACAAAAACAACAAUAUUUGAAAUUAUAUUGGAGUACUAAGAAGCUCAAGGAUCUCGAAUGGUUUCAUAAUGAAUUAAAAGUUUUGAAGAGUAGUAGGACUGCUACUUCAAUUUACUUAACUAGAGAAAAAGAUGCGAAAAGUGCCACAGAAUCAGGUGAUGAUAGAGAAAUCAUAUCUAUGAUGGAAGAUGGAACCGAAAAUACCCAUUUACUCUCUCUGGAAAAUUCAACUUUUCUUUCGACAAAAGUUCCAGAGGAAGCAUUAUUGAAAGAACUUGAGACUUUCAUAGAUAUAUCAUUUAAUCGGAGACCAAAUAUUGAAAAAAUUAUGAAACAAGAAUUUGAUUCAUACCAGGAAUUGGGUAGUGUUGACAGAUCUAUUGCAAUCGUAUUUUGUGGGCCAGCAAUCAUGUGUGACCAAAUUAGAGAAGUGGUGGCAAAGCUUGUUGAUAACUAUGAUCAGGUAAUCGAUAUCUACGAAGAGUUACAGGUAUGGUGA